AUGGAUGUAAGAAUUUCUUUUUACCCUCUUAGGAAUCAUCCAAUAGAGUUAAUGGCUUCAUUGACUCCAUUUACGAGUAAAUUUGUUUAAAGGCAGCACCUGAAUAGAAGAAGGACCAAAGAACAAGUACAGAACUUGUAAAAUUACCGGAUCCUCCUCCAGUAAAAAUAGAUGUGAUCAUCAAUAUCACUCCUGAUGAGACCAAAUCAUUUAGGUAUAAUAAGUUUUUAAUUAAUUUAUAUAGACGUGUGUAAUAAUAGAAGGUAGAAAUAGUACAAGAAGAGCAGGAGGUAUUUGAGAGACAGGAGGAUCUCUUAUAAAUUUUAGCCAAUGCUAAUUAGAUUAUUAUUGAUGAUGAUGACUCAUCAUCAAUAUUCACGAAACUCUUAGAUAAGCUCAAGAAGGAGUAAAUAAAAGAUUGUGUCUCAUAUCUCUAAUCAUUUAAAUAUUAAGAUCAAAAGGAGAAGGAGCAAAUGAAGAAGAUAAUAAAUAUCCUGAAGAACUUAAAAGAUCAUGAAUUCAAUUUGAAAGAUUAUUCCUCAGAACCAUUUGAAGAGAUUAAAAAGGAACUGAUAAAGAAUAUAUCAGAUAGUAAGAACAUAAUGGAGUUACUUACAUUUUUGGUCAUGCUUACAAGUAUAGAUGAUCAAUUCAUCUAAUUUGGAUCCAAUUCACUUCAUAUGCUGGUAAUGAUGAAGGUAGAUGUCAGAAAUCAAUGCUUUGAGAAUAUCAGAAUAAAGAAUACUUCUUUGAUUGGAGGAAACUUUGUAAGAUGUGAUUUGAAUGGAUCAGAAUUUGAGAAUGUGGAUAUCAGUGGAGUCAAUUUUAAUGGAGAUUAGAUGUUCAAUUGUAAAUGGAUGAACAUAAAAUUCCAUCUAAAGAAUUAUUUACAUCAGGAAAAUAAAAAUUUUAAUCAAAUAGCCAUACAAUAUGGAUUUAUUCAGUAUGCUUCUCUCUAAGGGUAUUAAUAGAGAAUUUAGUGGAGGGAGAUGACAAGAGAGAGUAGUAUAUUGAAUGAAUAUUAUUAUUGA